AUGUUUAACACAAUCUCAGCACAACAGGAUUUUUCCUCCAAUGGAACACUGCCACAAAACUUGGAGAGACUGCAUUUGAUUUUGAUAGCACUAUAUAGUGUCAAUCUGGCAGGGGGCGUUGCUGGAGUCAUUGUGAUGGCCCUUCAAUUGUUUCAAAGGAAUAUACAAUCUGUGAUGACCAUCAUUAUCAUCAAUCUCAUGGUGGUACAUUCCAUUCUCUUACUCAGUCUUCCUUUCCGCCUUACCUAUUACAUUUCAUCUGAAUGGAAAUUUGGGUGGUUCACCUGCAAAAUGUUUAGUGCCUUGAUCUAUGCCCACAUGUACAUCACCUUCAUUUUCUAUGUCGCUAUUAUUAUAAUACGCCUCUUGAGACUGGAAUUUCGGAGGUGGUACACUAAAACCUGGAUUGCUGCUGUCUGGUUUGUGGGAACUGUGGUUAUCUUCCCUAUUUUUUUGUCAUAUUAUGGCACCUCUAAAAACUAUAACCAUUCUAAAUGCUUUCAGUUCCACAGAGAUAUUCAGGAGCAGGGUAUGAUGAUAGCAAACUACUGCAUGAUUGGUAUUAUGGUGGCAACAGUCUGUGCACUCUUCAUAAUCCAAUUAGCUGUAAUCUUUCAGUUAGCAAUGAAAUAUUGGCCUGACAUGAACUCACGUGUGGAAUUCAGGGCUCAGAUGAAGAGCUUUUUUUUCAUCCUGGUAAUACUAGUCUGCUUUAUACCUCAUCAUGUAUUCAGAAUAUACUACAUCCAGAAUUUUCCCCUGGAGGAUGACCAUGACCUAUUCCUAUACAAUGAAAUUUUCUUAGCUUUCACAGCACUGUGCUGCUUGGAUAUGUUAUGCUUCAUAGCAGGAAUAGCCCAUUAA